ACGAAUCCACAGCAUGAAAACGAUAAGCACAGACCGAACCCUGACAGGGUUAAUGCUAGUGUUGCUGGCAACACUGCCCUGCACAACCGUCGCCCGCAGCUAUGAAAAACCAACCAACCUAAGGAAAGGAAAAUCGGCACAAAUCGUAUCGUCCGCACCAACGAUCACAACCCCAAUCAUGGAGCUAUGUUCCGAGGACAUCAACAUGAAGCUUGCCUGCCACUGCACUCCGGAAAGCAACGCAAAGGCGCAGAAAGCUUCCUGCUCCAUCUUUGACGGAGAGCUCCCGCGCAAGGACAACAACUGGCUCGCCUUUCACACACAAACCGAGCUGGAACAUUUGAAAUUUACCGUGCGCAAAUCGGGCAACCUAACGUACAUCCCGUCGGACGUGAUCGCUACCCUGUACAAGCUGCGCACCCUGACGAUCGAGUACGGUAUCAUCAGUGACAUCUAUCCGUUCGCGUUCGGUAACUUGACGGAGCUGCGCGUACUCAAUCUACCCAACAAUCAGAUCGUAACGCUGCACAGUAAUGCCUUCGCACAUCACAAAUCGCUCGAGGAGCUAAUGCUGGAGAACAACUACAUCAAGAAGAUUGAGCGGGACGCGUUUGUGGAUGUGCCGAAGCUGAUCAAGCUCAAUCUCGCGAACAACAGUAUCUUCAACCUGCACGACAACGGUUUCGAGGAGCUGACAAAGCUGGAAGAGCUGCGCCUCGAGUCAAACCAGAUAGCGGUGCUGGCACGCGAGUACUUCAAAGGACUGGAGAACCUGAAGAUCCUGAAACUUUCAUACAACGAUGUGGAAUAUCUCGGUGCGUUCGUGUUUGCGGAUCUGUGGAGCUUACAGAUGCUCUUCCUGGACAGCAAUCGGAUUGAGAAAAUCGAUGAGCGUGCGUUUGACGGACUGACUAGCCUGAACUAUCUGCACCUGGAAAACAAUCGCAUUACAACCAUCGACAGUGCCACCUUUACCAGCGUAUCGGCACUGCAGCUGCUCAACCUAGACUCGAACCGUCUGACCACCAUGACGUACGGACACAUCGUCCCGCUGAUGGACAAUCUGGUGAACAACAGUGCGCUCCUGUCACUGCGUGAUAAUCGAUUCAUCUGCGACUGUAGGCUCUCGUGGAUGUACGAUCUGAGCGAUCGUACGCGCAACGAGGAGCUGCGCGAAAGUCUCAAGAGCAUCGAUUGCAUCCUCGGCCAGACGUUCGAGGAACCGACCCGAUCAUCGCUGGCCAGUGCGUACGAUUUCGGACAGCUGGACGAGAACGGUGAGUACAUCGACGAUUCGGCCAGCGAAAAUGAUGCGCUCGCUAAGGAGCCACCCCAAACAGUCAACGUGCUAAAGUUGGGCCGCGAAGAGCUACCCUGCCCGGAGGAAUUGGCCGGCCCGACCGGUGAUCCGAACCCGCGCGAAUCGAAAGGUUUGUUCAACCUGUCCUGGAACAGCUCGGCAGCCAACGACCGGUACGGUGGUAGCAUCAGCAGCAGUAGUAGGGUGCUACUGAUGGCGCUAGUGAGCGUUGGGCUUGGUGUGGUGCAUAGAGCUCUUAGCUGUUAAGUGCUAGGAAAGGGAUAACUUAUUUUCCUAGCGUGAGCG